AUGGAUCAUUUCCAGUUUCUCGUGAAAAAUCGCCCUAAGCGAAAGGAAUUUAACUGUAAGCGAUAUUGCAUCGCCCACAAAAAAGUGAUUUUUGACAAGACAAGACAAGAAAGUGUUUUUGACAAGACAAGAAACAAAAAAGUGAUUUUUGACAAGAUCACAAACGAUAUUGAUGAUCAUCGUGGGCUGGCUGUUUCUGUACGUGAUAUUAGCGUUGAUGUUGACCGGUCACUGCUUUUUGGGUUAUUUUGGAGCAAAAAAAGAAGUUUAAGACAGGAGAAAGUGAAAUCAUCCUACAUUAAUAUCUUUUUUCACGAAAAAGUUGUGCUCCUCUUUAUUUAA